GAGAUAAUUAAAGGAUCCAUGCGUUCCCAAAGGCGUAAAAGUUAUUUGGGAAUUUUUUGCAACAGCACAUUCGUUUUUUUUGAUAGAAUAGAUAAAUUUUUUUUUUUUUCGUUUGAUAUAUGGGGGCUAAAAAAAAAAAUUCUUAGAAAUUUCAUGUGGAAAAAAAAAAUUUUUUUUGAUAAAAACGAAGAAGAACAAUCAAAAAAAGAAGAACAAAGACGUAUAGAAAUUGCGGAAACUUGGGAUAGCUUCUUAUUUGCUCAAAUAAUAAGAGGUUUUAUUUUAGUAACUCAAUCUAUUCUUAGAAAAUAUAUUAUAUUACCUUUAUUGAUAAUAAUUAAAAAUAGCAUCCGUAUCGUAUUAUUUCAACUUCCCGAGUGGGAAGAGGAUUUAAAGGAGUGGAAACGUGAAAUGCAUGUUAAAUGUACUUAUAAUGGGGUUCAACUAUCCGAAACAGAAUUUCCACGAAACUGGUUAACGGAUGGUAUUCAGAUAAAAAUCCUAUUUCCGUUUUAUCUUAAACCUUGGCAUAAAUAUAAAUUUCAAUCAUCUCAGAAGGCUCGACUAAAAAAAACAAAAGGAGAAAAAAAUGAUUUUCGUUUUUUAACAGUUUGGGGGCUGGAAACUGACCUACCUUUUGGUUCUACCAAACCAAAGCCUUCUUUUUUUAAACCUAUUUUUAAAGAAUUAAAAAAAAGAAUCAAAAAAUCCAAAACGAAGUCUUUUCCGGUUUUAAGGAUUUUCAAAGAAAGAGCAACAAUUUUCCUAAAAGUCGAAAAAGAAAUUAAAAACUGGAUUAUAAAAAACUUGCUUUUUCUAAAAGAAAAAAAAAAAAACCUUUCAAAACGAAAUAGAAUUCCAUUAGUUGGCCCGAGAGAAAUAUAUGAAUUAAAUGAAACUAAAAAAGAUUCAAUAAUGAGUAAUCAGAUGAUUCAUGAACUAUCUGUUCAAAAAAAAUCGACGGAGUGGCCAAAUUCUUCACUCAGCGAAAACAAAAUAAAAAAUGUGAUUGAUAAAAUAAAGACAAUCAGAAAUCAAACGAAAAAAAUUUCAAAAGAAAAAGAAAAACUAACUAAUAGUUGUAACAAACUGUGUUAUGAUUCUAAAAUAAUUGAGUCAUCAAAAAAAAGUUGGCAGACAUUAAAAAAAAAAAAAACUCGAUUAAUUCGUAAAUCUUUUUUUUUUUUUCAAUUUUGCGUUGAACAACUGUCUAUUUCUAUUUUUCUAGGUAUUAUUAAUAUUCCAAGAAUUACUACACAACUUUUUGUUGAUUCAACAAAAAAAAUUCUUGAUGUAUAUAUUUACAAGAAUGAGGAAAAUGGAGAAAAAAAAAAAAAAAAAAAUACCAUUUAUUUUAUUUCGACUAUAAAAAAUUUCAUAUCAAAAAAAAUUUUUUUAGUUAUGACUUAUGCUCUUUAUCACAAGCAUAUGUAUUUUACAAAUUAUCACAAAUUCAAGUUAGUAACUUUUCUAAAUUAAAGUCUUUUUUUGAAUAUAACAUAUACAUAACAUCCUUUUUUGUUAAGAAUCAAAUAAAAGAUUUUUUUAAAGAACAAGGAAUCUUUCAUUAUGAAUGGAAAGAUAAAACCCUUUUAAAUUCCGAAAUAAAUCAAUGGAAAAACUGGUUACGAAGUCAUUCUCAAUAUAAUUUACCUCAGAUUGCAUGGGCUAGAUUAGUAACCCAAAAAUGGAAAAAAAAACUAAACCAAGACUCUCUAGUUCUAAAUCCAAGUUUAAACAAAGUGGAUUCAUACGAAAAAAAAAUUUUUGAUAAUUACAAAAAACAAAAUUUUUGUGAGGCUAACUUAUUUUUCAAUCCAAAACAUAAACAGAAUUUCAAAAAGGAUUCUAUAUAUAAUCUUUUUUGCUACAAAUCUAUUCAUUCUACAGAAAAAUUUUUUGAUAUGUCUACAGGCCUAGAAAAUUUUUUAAUCUCUUGUUUUCUAGAAAAAUAUAAUAUUCGCAGUAUAGGGGAAAUUUUGCAUAGAAAAUAUUUGGAUUGGAGAAUUCUCAACUUUUGGUUUAGAAAAAAAGUAAAUAUUGAGCUUGAUACUAGGAGUAAAAAAAAAUAUAUUAAAACUAAAGUUAAGAAUUAUAAAAGAAUUUAUAAAAUAACUAAGACGAGUCUUGCCAAUCAAAAAAUAAAUUUUUUUGAUUGGAUGGGAAUGAAUGAAGAAAUACUAAAUCCUCGUAUAACAAAUUUUGACUUUUUUUUCUUUCCAGAAUUUUUCUUAUUUUCUAGUACAUAUAAAAUGAAACCGUGGGUCAUACCAAUUAAAUCACUUCUUUUCAAUUUUAAUGAAACAAAAAAUGUGAAUAAACAGAUCACCCUAAAGAAAAAAGGUUUUAUACCAUCAAACGAAAAAAAAUUCCUUCGGUUUUUUAAUCUAAAUAAAGAAGAAAACGAAUCAGCAGGUCAAGAAGAGUUUGAAUCAGAUAAAGAAACAAAAAUAAAUACGGAAUCAGCUCUAUCAAAGCAAGAAAAAAAUAUUGAAGAAAAUUAUACA